AUGACUCUGCACAGGCGGCCUGGUGCGCAGCGCCGCUGCACUGGUUGCGUCGUCAGGCACAAAUUGCUUGCAAGCCCCGACGCGCAAUCCAAUGAACGACCCAAGGGACCACAUCUGGCCCUUGGAGCGAGCCACGUAUCGUGGGCGUGUGGACGCUCUGCUCGCCGCCUCUUGAAAACCGGCUGCCGUCCCCAGCCUUUCCCACUGGCCCUCGCCGGCCCUGCUGGCUUGCUGGCUCGCUGGCUCGCAACGGCCAAGCCAGGCAUGCAGCAGGUGCAGCAGAUGCAGCAGAUGCAGCAGACGCAGCAGCCGGCUGACUGGAGCGCUCCGCCUCGACCGCGACUGCUCGUUGUAGUUGCGACGGCCGUCUGCGCCGGCGUGCACAGUGCUACGCCUGCGGCCCUGCGACCAAGUCGCCCUGCCCACGAGAAACAUAUUGCAAUCACAACACGCCUGCGGCCACCAGCGCCGGCCUCCACGCGCGCGCCUUCGUCACCCUCGACGCUCGCUGUGCUGAGCUCGCCGGUCGCUCGCGCCCGCGUGAAAAUUGUGCCAGGCGUGCGUGCAGCGUGUGGCCGCAUGAGCAGCUGCCCUUCCGUUUCUGGCCGUAGCCCGCCGUCGGCCAUGUCGCUUUUGGAGCCAAAUGGAUCCCACGGCAUUCUGGCCCAAGGGAUCGAAGGCAGUCAGGCCUUGCUCACAUCUUCGUGA